UCGAAUGGAGAUAAGUCAAAUUGGGCCGGGCAAAAUGUUCCCGGCACCGCUUAUAUUUGCCGAGUCUUCGAUCUAGGAUUUGUCCAGUGUCCCAGAAAAAGGCGAAAAAUCAGAGAGAUUUUCAAAAGCUUACCAUAUAGAAAGAGAGCGAGGGAGAGAAAAAAAAAAAAAUAUAUAUAUAUAUAUAUAUAUGGUUAUGACUAUAAAUUAUUAAUUCUUUUAGUUGGCCGCUAUAAUUACUGCCUUUCAUGGAAAUGGAAAGAGUAUAUAGUCUACAAAUAAAGAAAUAAAGGAAAAAAAAAAAAAAAAAAAAAAGAAAAAGAAAAAAGAAAAAGCAGUUGGGACAGGGGACAGGAAGAGAGAGAAGGCAAAGGUUAAUUGAGUUUGGUAAUGGUGUUGGCCAUUCUGUGCGUAAAGAAGAAGGAGGAGAACGAUUACUGGAACAGGAACAAGAAGGGCUUGACUGUAAUUUCGCAGUGCCUUCUCUUGUUGAUGCAAUUCGUCUCCUCCAGUGGCGGUGACGGAGGUGGUGGUGGUGGUGGAAAAGGAUGGAUCGUGUUCGCCGAAGCUAGCACCGGUAGCAGCGGCGGCGGUGGUGGAAGGACCGGUGCGUUUCUGGGAGGCGGUUCCGGGUUCUGGGCUUCGGCGGCUCCAUCCAAUGUUGGAAUAGCUGUCGCCGUCACGGCCAUGGCCGGAAUCGCCUUGGCCGCCACUAUCGUCUACUCUCGCAGGGGUAGUCUUAAAUCACCUUGGUCUCGUAGAAGAAGAAAACAUGCCCUUUUACCCAAACAAUGGAAAAGUUUGUUUGGACCAGAUGGAAGACUUUCUGAUGGUGGUGUCAAGUUUUUGAAGAAAGUUCGCAGUGGAGGUGUUGAUCCAAGUAUUAGAGCUGAAGUGUGGCCGUUUCUCCUUGGAGUCUAUGAUUUGAACAGCACCAAGGAAGAAAGGGAUGCUACUAAAAAUAAGAAUAGAAAAGAAUAUGAGGAUCUGCGGAAACAGUGUCGAAAGCUUACGAAACAAAGUGAGAAGAGCUUAAAGUUGAAGGAUACUUCUGAAAUUAGUACAGAGGGCAGUGGGGAAUUCAGUCAAGUUUUAGAUUACUCUGGCUCAGAUGAAGUGAUCAGCGCCAGGAAGUCCAAUUCAACAGAGGGAGGAAGUCCAUUGCCUGAGGACCCUGUCUGUAAUCAAUCUCUUCAGACUACCGGCUCAUUAUGUGAAGGAGAUGAUGAGAAGAGUGGUAUCACCUGUGAAGAUGCCUCUGCAGGAGAUACUGAGUCAACUGAUUCUGACUCUUCUGAAGAACCUGAAAACACUGAAGGAACUGAAGAGUAUGAUCUCAGUGAGCCUGCCAAAGAGGAGGAUUCCUCCUCUGCUAAUACAGAGAAGUCCAAAUUCCAUUCAGAAGAAGAUUUUGCGACAUGGCAGAGAAUCAUUCGUCUUGAUGCUGUGCGUGCAAAUGAUGAAUGGAUUGUUCAUUCACCAUCCCAAGCCGGUGUAUCAUUGAUGAAGGCUCGACGAUUGGCGGACAGUGUUGGAUUGAAGGAUUAUGAUCACCUGGAGACAUGCAGAAUUUUUCAUGCAGCUCGUCUGGUUGCGAUUUUAGAAGCGUAUGCGCUGUAUGAUCCUGAGAUUGGUUACUGCCAAGGGAUGAGUGAUCUGCUGACUCCAAUUAUCUCAGUGGUGGAAGAGGACAAUGAAGCCUUCUGGUGCUUUGUGGGUUUCAUGAAAAGAGCUCGGCAUAAUUUCCGGCUGGAUGAGGUAGGAAUCCGUAGGCAGCUGGGGAUGGUUUCCAAAAUUAUCAAGUGCAAGGAUAUUCAUCUCUACAGGCACCUGGAGAAGCUCCAAGCAGAGGAUUGCUUCUUCGUAUACAGAAUGGUGGUGGUUCUCUUCAGGAGGGAGUUAACUUUUGAACAGACAAUUUGCCUGUGGGAGGUCAUUUGGGCCGAUCAGGCUGCGAUCAGAGCCGGGAUUGGCAAAUCUGCUUGGGGAAGGAUGAGGCUAAGAGCUCCCCCUACUGAUGAUCUAUUGCUUUUUGCAAUAGCAGCCUGUGUUCUGCAACGGAGGAAGCUCAUAAUAGAGAAGUACAGCAGCAUGGAGGAUAUAAUGAGGGAAUGCAACAGCAUGGCCGGUCAUCUAGACGUUUGGAAGCUUCUCGAUGAUGCUCAUGACUUGGUGGUCACCCUCCAUGACAAGAUUUAAGAGAAAAAGCAAAAGAAAAAAAAAAAAAAAAAAAAGAACAAAA